CACCUCUGAUCUGCAGUAGCCUUUGCCACCCUGGAGGGGGCUGAGCAAUAUUGGGCUUGUCAAUUGCCCAGAGCUUGCUCCCAUCUUGAGAUAUAUCCGUUGGAACGGUUGGAUCCUCACACAAAAUAUCAGGCUGCCACUCAUGAGCCAUUUCCCAUUUCACAAACAAAAGGAUUUUCCAGAAUGUGUUCACGUAUUUCUUCAUAUUUUUCUUUUAUCGGUAUGAGUCUCCAUUUAAAACAAUUGGCAUACUGGACGGUGAAAGCUCCAACAGAUGGCAGAAAUCUAGAAGAUGAAAAUCUUGGAUGUGCUGGAGCCUGGGGCCUGAUAGAAGAUGAGGAUGACAAAGCAGAAGAAGAAGAAGAAGAAGAAACGUCAAUAGGCCCUUGUAAAGUGCUAUCCAAUCAAUUCCUGAAAACAGAACUGGGUAAGUCCUUCGCUUCCCUUUUCACCAUAAUGAAAUCUUUUGCUGGAGGUGACUGCAUCCCAAUGUCUACGCUGCCUGAAGCAGGAACAAAGUACACUUCUCAGUAAGUCAUCAUUAAAAAUAUCAUGAAACUAUUCAGCUAUUAAAAUGUAAAGUAUUAA